CGGGGCUGCGGGGAAGCGGGGCUGCGGGGAAGCGGGGCUGCCGGCGCGGUGCGCGAACGGCCGCGCUCCGGGGAGGGCGCGGGGAAGAUGCUGAGGCGGGUCCGGGUGCGGGGCCAGAGGCCGCGGGCGGGCCCCGAGGGGCCGGGCCGGGACCCGCCUCCGCCCGCCGCCCCCGCCGCUCGCCCGGCCCCCGCGCCGGGGCUGGUGGCGGGGCAGCGGGCGGCGGAGACGCCGAGUGACCGGCGAGGGGACAGGAGGAGCUGCGGGGAGCCGCCAGCCGGGACACGGGGACGGGGACGGGCGGGCAGAGAGAGCGGCACGGCGGGGAGGGGACGGCAGGGGACACGGAGCGGGGGGACGCGGGGAGCCGUGGAAUACCGAGACCCGAGGAGACGCGGAGAGAGAGCGGGGGGACACCCGGCUGCCACGGGAACGCAUCGGUAGCAGCUCUGCCCGCUCUCUGCCCACUCUCGGUCCUCACCCUGCCCCAGGCUCGAUGCGGGCCGGCGCUGGCCAUGGAGAAGCUGUACCUGGCGGGGAGCAGCACCUGGAUCAUCAACAGCUCCCUGGGGAACGGCAGCCUCCGGCUGCAGAACCUGAGCGCCGGCAGGAACAGCACCGCCGACCCCCUGAAGAGGAACGAGGACAUGGCCAAGGUGGAGGUGACAGUCCUGUGCCUCAUCCUGUUCCUCGCCCUGACCGGCAACCUGUGCGUGCUCCUGGCCAUCCACACCACCCGCCACAAGCACUCCCGCAUGUACUUCUUCAUGAAGCACCUGAGCAUCGCUGACCUGGUGGUGGCCAUCUUCCAGGUGCUGCCCCAGCUCAUCUGGGACAUCACCUUCAGGUUCUACGGGCCGGACUUCCUCUGCCGCUUGAUCAAGUACUUGCAGGUAGUGGGAAUGUUCGCUUCCACCUACAUGCUCCUGCUGAUGUCCCUGGACCGGUGCUUGGCCAUCUGUCAGCCCCUGAGGUCCCUGCACAGGAGAGCGGACCGGGUCUCUGUCCUCCUCACCUGGCUGCUGUGCCUGCUGGUCAGCAUCCCUCAGAUCCACAUAUUUUCUCUAAGGGAUGUGGGGAACGGGGUUUAUGACUGUUGGGCAGAUUUCAUCCAGCCCUGGGGACCGAAAGCCUACGUUACCUGGAUCACCCUCAUGGUCUAUAUCAUCCCCGUGUUGAUGCUGAGCAUCUGCUAUGGCUUAAUCAGCUUCAAAAUCUGGCAGAACGUGAAGCUGAAGACGGCCCACGGGCCCAGCGUGGGUCUGGGCUCCCGCGGCGGGAUGGUGUUUGCCAGGGUCAGCAGCACCAGGCUCAUCUCUAAAGCCAAGAUCCGGACGGUCAAAAUGACCUUUAUCAUCGUGCUGGCGUUCAUAGUGUGCUGGACUCCCUUCUUCUUCGUGCAGAUGUGGUCUGUGUGGGACACCAACGCCCCGCAGGAAGCCUCCCCCUUCAUCAUCGCCAUGCUCCUGGCCAGCCUCAACAGCUGCUGCAACCCCUGGAUCUACAUGCUCUACACCGGGCACCUCUUCCACGACCUGAUGCGCUGCUUCCUCUGCUGCUCCACGCGCUACCUGAAGUCGCGGCCGGCGUGUGAGCUGAGCAAGAAGAGCAACUCCUCCUCCUUCGUGCUCAGCUGCAGGGCCACGAGCCAGAGGAGCUCCGAGCAGCCGUGCAGCCCGUGAGGCCAGCCGGGACCUCGAGCAGCCGUGCAGCCCGUGAGGCCAGCCGGGACCCCGUGCCUCUGCUGCGCCGCCCCGGCGCUUCCCUGCGGAGAGCUGGCCGGGCAGGAGGGGCCCAUCCGCAGUGUACAUAUGGCUGUAAGCAUGCACAGAGGGCGUUAUUCAACCGGCACGGGAGUGGGGGAGCAAUUCUGUGUCCAGCUUUCAGUGCUGCCUGGGGUUAGACAGCAGGAACCCGUUCCUGAGUCCCAAACCCGGACUCAGUGGCUCGUGGAUGCCACCAGGAGGGACAAACGACGCCGUGCGCAGGGGCAGGGGCGACGGAAGGGGCUGCUGCAGCACAGGGGGAUGAUGGGUGUCACCCCCGGCACUGUCCCACCUCCUCCUGCAGCAGGAUCCUGCAGGAUGGCAGCGCCUGGCACCGCGCUCUCAGCACAGAGAGCUUCGCCUGCAGCCUGUGGGGCAGAGGCAGCCCUGUCCCUGCAGCCCUGCAGCCCUGCACCAGGCCAGCCUGCAACAUGCCUGCACUGCCUAGACCAGCCCUGCAGCUUUGCAC